GUAAAACUCCUGUGUGUCAGUAUAUAAUAUCUGACAGCUUUGGACAGCAUCCAUGUGACCUUUAUGCAAGUUAUUUGCUAUAGUGGCAUCUGCUUAAGACGCCUUGGAUCACGUUGCAGCACAGAAAUCAUUAGCAUCAUCUCUAAAGCAAAUGACACAUCAAAAGGUACUAUGAAAAUCUAAACUUUCAAUCUAAGUCGUUUUUAUAUUGAAAAUAGGUCCAGGUUCCAGUAAAGCCGACUAUAUUCAACCAUUAAUUACCUAAAGCUUGGUCACGUCCCCCUUACCCCAUCCUCACAUGUCAUAUUGGUGAGGUUGGCACUUUUUAGUUCCCUGGAGCAGAAAGGGUCCUGUGACCUAUAAAGGCCCCCAACCCCAACCGUCUCCAAGUCAGUGUCCUCUUUUGAAUUCUCGGUUAAAGAUUACCACCUAGAGCCCUUCUCUCAUAAAGAUUAACCCUGAUCUCUCAAUGAAACUAGCUGAUGGAAGGGAUUCCUUGUUGAGCAUUUAGAACAUGAAGAUGUUCUAUGUUCUGCAACCAAAAGCCAAUAUGCUGAAGUCCCUCAUAUGCAGAGAAGUCAGUGGCACUAAUGCCGUAGCAAGGCAUCCAUUUCUUCCCUCCCCAUUGGCACCUUUCUCUCUCCAUUCGCACCUUCAACAAAGGAGGUGGACAAAUUACAUAAACACUUAGUAAAAUUAGCUAUAACGCCAGCAUAAGAACGUAAUCUAAUGACAUUCACUCUAAAAGCACAAAGAGCUAAUCUUGCAUAGACAUAUUUGGCCAUAUGUCUUAUUCAAACACUAGCACACCACUUCUGAACUUGCGUAGGUCCUCUUUCACAAUGACAACUAGCUCCACGGGGAUCGAUACAGACAUAACGCUCAGGUCACCGGGCCUCAAAUGGGAGUUUAAUUGUAAUCUGGAGAUCUUUAGUAGAGGGCUAUCUGCGUGGGUGUAAAACCAAGCCCACUUGCUCCACCAGUCGCCCAGUGAGCAGUGCAAAAACCCCUUUUAUCACGCAAAGAUUGGAGGCAGAGGCCUCGCAUCCACACUGGUCUCGCUCACUAAGUCCGUGGUGUUGAAAAUCUCAUGUCAUCCGGCAGAAUGGGAGAGAAAAUAAGAUGUAUCAUGUCUCUCCUCGUUUAGAACAAUUUGUCGCUUGCCAUUUGGGAUGCCAGUCGUUAGAUCUCAUUGCAUUUCUAGGUAGCGGAAUUCGGCGAAUGGACUCGAUAAAAACUACAUCCUCCCAGAGAUUGGGAGAAAAAUAUAAUUUUUGGGGUGGGGGGUGCCAUGCAAAAUGGGGCAAAAUUCAGAGAAGCAACCAAUCCGGCAAAGGUGAAGGAAAAUAUAUUUCUCCGUCGUUUUGGAGGCAUCAAACAAGGGGGGAAGUGUAGCCACAAUUCUAUCAAAACCAGAGUAUGUUGACGUACGCGCAUCACGUGAGCGCAUGAUACCGGGGCAUUAUUUUGGAUUUGGAAAGGACCUUAUUGUUGCUUGCUGGCUGUGUUUUCGCCCAGUCACUAACUCUGCUGUUAACAACUGCCUGGUAAUUACACAACAAAUGGGAUUUCGGCGUUUCGCUGACUUCUAGAAGCCCAUGCGGCCUCUUUGAAAGCCUUGGACAGCAAGGCCCGGAUUAAUACAUAAAUAUAAUACAUUAAGAGAGGACUGCAAAGUAGACUUCUUCAGUUGAUUGAUCAUUAAUCUGUUCCCUCAAGCCUUCAGGAAGCUAUAUUCUUGCAUACAAUUCAGUUAUAAGAAACAACAUAAUCCCGGUCAGCUUCCAAGAGUCCUUUGGAAAGAGACCGUCACGUGACAUCUGGUGCCAAUGUUCUUCCAGAAGGUCGUCAGGACCCUGGUAGCCGGUAACUCCACUUUUGGAAAUGCAGAAAACGACCUACUACGACAACUCGACGCUUUUCGGAGGUUACUCGUACCAAGGGGCCAACGGCUUYGGCUAUGAUGCUCCUCAACCGGCCUUCCAGUCCGCGGCUCASCUCGAAGGCGACUACCAGAGGUCCGCYUGCUCGCUGCAGUCCCUCGGUGGCAACAGCGCUCCUCCCCAGCAGCAUGCCAAGACGAAAGAGCUGAAUGGCAGCUGCAUGCGGCCCAGCCUGCCACCUGAACACCAACCACCMCCCCAGGUGUCCCCUCCSGUCAWCCCMGCCAACGCCACCAGCAGCAGUGCCACCGCCACCAGCAGCAGUGCCACCGCGCAGCAGCCGGGAGGCAGCGGUGGGGCCGCCAAAUCAGCGCCCAAGACGUACACUCUGUCCACCAACCCCACCCUUAACAAGCAGAUCUUCCCCUGGAUGAAAGAGUCGAGGCAGAAUACUAAGCAAAAAAACAGCUCGCCAAGUGCAAGUUCAGCUAACGCGGAGAGCAGCGGAGGUGAAAAAAGCCCCCCGGGUUCCGCAGCCUCAAAGAGAGCGCGCACCGCGUACACGAGCGCGCAGCUGGUGGAGCUAGAAAAGGAGUUCCAUUUCAACCGUUACCUGUGUAGGCCUCGCCGCGUGGAAAUGGCCAACUUGCUCAACCUCAGCGAGCGCCAGAUCAAGAUUUGGUUCCAGAACCGGCGUAUGAAGUACAAAAAGGAUCAGAAAUGUAAAGGGCUGGGCUCGUCAUCAGGGGGGCCCUCUCCAACCGGAAGCCCACCCCUACCCAUGCAGUCCUCAGCUGGCUUCAUGAACUCCAUGCAUUCMAUGGCAGGCAACUACGACGCCCCCUCCCCGMCAUCUUUUAACAAGUCCCAUCAAAACGCMUAUGCCAUGUCCUCAGCCUACCAAAACCCCAUGAAAARCUGCCCCUCCCAACAGAAGUAUGCCAACACAGCACCAGAAUACGACCCGCACGGGCUACAGGGUAACAGUGGCAACUAUGGRACUCCCAACAUGCAGGGCAGCCCCGUGUAUGUGGGAGGAAACUACGUGGAGUCGAUGCCCACCUCUGGGCCUUCCAUGUACGGCCUCAAUCAUCUACCACACCACCAGGCUGGGAACAUGGACUACAACGGUGCYACGCAGAUGUCAGCAAGCCAACACCACGGACCGUGCGACCCCCACCCGACAUACACAGAGCUGGCAGCCCACCAUCCUUCUCAGGGUAGAAUCCAGGAAGCUCCCAAGUUAACUCAUCUGUAGUAGCAGGUUUGGGGAAAAAACUAAAUGACAACUACAAAUAACUAACCCAUGGGACGCUGCAAUGGGGUUGAAAAAAAAUAUGAUCCAGUGGUUUCUUGCCAUGGCCAAAAAAGUAUUGUCUGUUGUCUUUAUCAUUGUGCGUAUUAGUAACAUUCACUUGAAUUGCGUUUUGGUUAACGUUUUAUUUCCUUGAAUAUGGAGCUCUCCCUCGAAAACAAGUAAUGAAAUAGUAAUAGUUGGGUUUAAUGGAACAGCUAACACGGUAGGGGGUUUAUUACUGUCAGACCUUUUUGACUCGGCGAAACACAUGUUAUGUCAACGUGGAUUUAUGUUUAGCCUGCGUCCUUGCAGUCAGCACAAAUGGCUAAGCUUGACUGACGUCAAUAUGCAUUCUUCAAUUGGUGCAAGCAAACCACUGGAUUGUUUUCGAUUACUUCCCUUAUUCAUAUUACCUCUCUUUGGAAAUGUCUCACUAACCCACUGUGCAGUGACAUUUUUUUUUUUUUAACAUGUCCUCGCCAAACAUUGUGGCUUCAAGGGAAGAGCUCCUUCAGCAUCGCGCAGACGCAUCGUAAGCCUACACCCCCCACUUAUGGUGUUUAGGUUCACAUUGCUAUGCUAUGCUAGCUAACGUCCAUAAACAAUCACAAACACACGCGCGAGGACAUUAAAUUGAUAUUUGUUACGUUGUUAUAUCAUCAUCACAGGGUAAAAAGGAGUUGAGAACUCUUUUGACAACUAUGAUAGGCUCACCCCCCCCCCCCACCACUCUCUCUCCCUUUUCUCUAUCGCUCCCUGCUCUCGCUCUCCCAACUCUCUAUCACUCUCUCUCGUUCAAUCUAUAGGGUUCACUUACAUUAGCCAAGACUAAUGCGAAAGGCUCACAAUUUCUCAUGUCUUGACUUAACGUGGAAACAGGGUAUAUUUGAACAAAAUGCAUGUCAGGGAACCAAGCUGAAGUGUAGGUUUACACUAAUGCUUUCUCGUCUGGGCAUCAUUGUUGCACUUAGAGUUUACAUUUUGAUGGUUAAGGGAAAAAAUACAUCUUAUUUUGGAAACGGAAGACGUCCAAUCAGCGUCUUUCUCAAUGUAUGUUCAAGUGAACAUUCAUAAAUAUAUAUUUAUUUGUUAUAGCCAGUUUAAAUACUUUCUUUUUGUAUUAUUUAUCCCCCAUGUAUUUAUAUCAAGAAAAAAUGUAAUUUUUUAGUAUUUACCUGUUAUAAAGACGUUGUGUUCUUGUCAUUGUAACGAAUACAUUUUAGUUAUUGUAUUUUAGAAAUAAAUAGUUUUAUGUUACCCUUGUACGUAAAUAAUGUCUUGACUUGUACAGGGGUCAGCGAGGACGGAAUCAGACCGUUCCUGCAUAGUCGAGAAUUAGACGAAAUAUAGCUGAACACUUUUGGAGAACUUCCUUUGUCCUUUGUAGCUCCUUUUAUUUCAUUGUUAAGAGUUGUCUGUUGAACAAUUCUUUAAUAAAAUGUUAUGUUAUUCAGUU